AUGCGCACUUGGUAUGGAAGGGGUCGAUCCCUUCAGGUCGCUGUCACGUCUUGCUGCCUUGUGGCUUUCGUUUUGUUUGGUUAUGACCAAGGUGUGUUUAGUGGCAUUAUCGGCAAUGAAGACUGGAGGAAACAGUUCGGCUACCCCAAUGACUCGGAAGAGGGUAUCAUUGUCAGUUGCUACAAUUUGGGGUGUCUUCUUGGUUGUUUGAUUAACUUCUGCAUCGGCGAAACACUCGGCCGCCGAAGAGCUAUUUGGCUUGCAAUGGGUGUGGUAAUUGUCGGUGCUAUCUUGCAGACCACAGCCUUCAAUGUGCCACAUUUGAUCAUUGGAAGAAUUGUGACUGGUGCGGGCACCGGCUUGAAGACCAGCACUGUUCCCAUGUACCAGGCCGAGAUGUGCGAGGGUAAAACCAGAGGUCGUCUCAUUUCCUCAGAAGUUCUCUUCACCGCCGUCGGAAUCGUUUUGGCAUAUUGGUUCGACUUUGGUAUGUCCUUUGUUAGCGGACCUAUCGCCUGGCGGCUGCCUGUUGCCAUGCAGAUGGUUUUCGCCAUUUUCGUCAUCGUGUUGGUCUUCGGCCUACCGGAGUCUCCUCGAUGGCUCAUGAACCACGGACAGGAACAAGAAGCCAUGGACGUCCUCUGUGCUGUGUACGAUCGUGCGCCAGAAGACGAGUUCAUCGUCAAUGAGCAUAAAGGAAUCGUGUCCGCCAUUGAACUGGAAGACUCUGUGAGCAAGCAGUCUUUCUGGAAGAUCUUCCGGAACGAUGAAGUGAAGACUGGCCAGCGAGUACUUCUCGCUUGGGGCAUUCAGCUCAUGAACCAGGUUGGGGGAAUCAACUUGGUUGUAUACUUCGUGCCUACUGUGCUGAGAACAAAUGUUGGGCUAACUAGCCAACUCUCCCUGAUCUUGGGUGGCUGCAUCCAAAUCAUGUUCAUGCUCGGUUCUCUCCUACCAGCAUUCAAACUGGACAGCAUGGGUCGCCGGAAGACAAUGAUGAUCGGCUCUUUGGGUUUAGGAAUAUGCAUGAUGAUGGUAGCGGCAUUGCUGUCCCAAGUCAACGAACCAAACGGAAAGACAUACGCCGAAGCAUCUGUCGCGUUCUUUUUCCUGUAUAUGCUCAUCCAUGGCAUGUCCAUCAACUCGGUACCGUGGCCCGAACUAAGGGAAACAGCGAUCGGUGUCAGCUCCAACUGGCUUUGGAACUUCACCGUUGUCAUGAUCACGCCUGUGAUUAUCAAUCGCAUCCAAUGGAAAGCGUACUUGAUCUUCAUGAUCACCAACUUUCUUUUCGUUCCUGUGAUCUACUUCUAUUACCCCGAGACUAGCAACCUGCGUCUUGAGGAUAUCGAUUUGAUCUUCGCUCGGGGCGGGGACCCAGUUGAUCAGGCGAGGAAGAUGGCGGCAGAAAUCAAGGCUUAUGGAAAUAUUCAGACUGAGCAACAGGAAGACGACAAAGUUGCUAGCAGUGUAGGGGUGGAGCGCGUUUAA